AUGGGGAAAUGGACCAGCCUUGUCUACCUCUUCACUGGGUCUAGACGUCCUCCAUACCCAGCCUUCAAUCCACCUGACAAAUUCCUAUUUAUCCUUGGGUCUUUGGGGAAGGUGGUUUUGUGCCCCUGGCUCACCUUCAGCAUUCCGGACACCAGGCCUCCAGAAGCAAGGGCGUGGCCCAGGUCGCCAGCGUCCCCACGGCUCCCCUCGGGCCCUCUGACCUCCGAAAGGGCCCACCCAGACCCCGCCCUGGAGGCCUUCGGGAGCCGGAUCCCCGGCCAAGCCUGCCGCCUGUGGGAGCAGCUGCGGCAGUUCUGGGCUGACCACUUCUCUAGGCGCUUCUCUCCUCGACGGCCACCCCUACGCCGCAUCUCCUCCAUGUCCACCUUCUACCUGCUGGAUCACCGAACACGCCAGGCUGAGCUAGGCCUCUGCUAUGGUGCGCCACGCACGCGCCUUAACGACCAGGCCUUCGUGUUCCGCGGCGGCCGCUGGGCGGCCGAGGGCUCACUGAGACGGCAGCGUCGUCCGCUGUGUUCACCAACUGACUCAGACUUGCACAUGCUGCAGGUCAAGAGCCAGAUGCUGCUGGAGGAGAACAACUACCUGAAACUGCAGCAGGAACUGCUCAUGGACAUGCUGACUGAGACCACAGCGCGCAUGCACCUGCUGCAGAAGAAGCUGGAUGCCCAAGCCAGCCCCGCGCCUGGGACGCGCACCUGGCAUAGGAAGCUGCGCAAGCGCGAGGACGCCAGUGCUGUGCUGAUGAUCGAGCCGCGCGCUGGAGGUGCGGUGACGCAAUAA